CGCUCGCUCUCAUUCCGCUCGGCGCGUUCCCCUUUCAGCGGACUCGUCUCUUUCCCUCUACUCACUUUAUUCCAAUAACUGGGAAACGGCCAGGAAGCAUCACAAGCGCUAAGGCAAAGGCUUAAAAAUACUAAACCGAGCUCAGUCAUCCCUCACGGAAAGACAGAAAGAUUGCAAUGCUUCAAACACGGGAUCUCAUCUGGACCGUGCUGCUCUUUGGACAUGCAGUCUCACUGCAAGUGGAGAUUAUGCCACCCCAUGGAGAAAUCAGUGUCGGAGAAUCCAAGUUCUUUUUAUGUGAAGUGGUCGGCGAUGUGACGGACAUCGACUGGUUUGCUCCCAGUGGAGAGAAGCUGCUGCCAAACAGACAGGACAUCAGUGUGAGCCGUAAUGAUGAGACCUCAUCCACACUUACCAUCUACAGCGCUACUGUGGACAACGCCGGCAUAUAUAAGUGUGUGGCAAAGAAUGGGGACAAGGAAGCCGAGGCCACGGUCAACGUCAAGAUCUACCAAAAACUCACUUUUCAGAAUGCCCCGUCCCCUCAGGAGUUUAACGAGGGGGAGGAUGCUGUCAUUGUGUGUGAUGUCAUCAGCUCUCCGCCACCCACAAUUAUCUGGAAACACCAGAGAACCAAGAUUCAGCCGGAAAAAGAUGUUCGCUUCAAGGUCCUGAGCAACAACCACCUCCAGAUUCGUGGCAUCAAAAAGUCAGACGAGGGCGCCUACACAUGCGAGGGGCGCAUAAUGGCUCGGGGAGAGAUCGACCUUAGGGUCAUUAAGGUCAUCGUCAAUGUUCUGCCCAGUAUUAGGACUCGUUCUGCAGAGCUCAAUGCCACUGCGGACAUCGAGCAGGCUGUGACACUUGCGUGUUAUGCGGAUGGCUACCCAGAGCCCACAGUCACGUGGGUGCGUAAUAAAGUAGUGCUGGUGGCCGAUGAGAAAUACAGCCUGAAUGACGAUGGCUCAGAGCUGACAAUCAAAGAUGUGAAGAAGCUGGACGAGGGAGAUUACACCUGCAUCGCCCGCAAUAAAGCAGGAGAGAAGCAGGAGGAGAUCAGCCUCAAGGUGUUUGUGCAACCGAAGAUCACAUACCUGAAAAACCAGACAGCAUCAGAGCUGGAGGAACAGACUGUGCUGAUCUGUGAGGCCACGGGUGACCCCACUCCCAGCAUCGUGUGGAGCUUCGGCAGACGAGUCUUCAGCGAGGGAGAGCAGAGUCUGGACGGUAAUGUGAUCGUGCACAGCGAUGCCCGUGUGUCCUCUCUUACCCUAAAGUACGUCCAGUUCACGGAUGCUGGCCAGUACCUCUGCACCGCCCGCAACUCCAUCGGCCAGGACAUCCAGAGCAUGUAUCUGGAAGUGCGCUAUGCUCCAAAAAUCCAAGGCACAGUGACAAAGUUUACAUGGGAAGGGAAUGCAGCUAAUCUCACGUGUGAGGCUCUGGCUCAUCCAAGUGCUUCGGUGCAGUGGUUCCGCGAUGGACUGCAGCUGCCAGCAGUGAACACGACCAACAUCAAGAUCUACAGCACACCCACCAUCAGUUACCUGGAGGUCACCCCAGAAUCCCAGAGUGACUUCGGGAGCUACAACUGCACAGCCAUCAAUGUAAUCGGCAGCGACUCUAAGGAGUUCCUGUUAAUCUUAGCAGAGGUGCCAUCGACUCCAGCUAUCGAUCGCGUGGAACCGUACCCCAGCACGGCCAUGGUGGAGUUUGAAGAGCCUGAUUCAGACGGAGGAGUGCCUAUUCUCAAGUACAAGGCUGAGUGGAGGACAAAGGGUCAAGAAUGGGUUAGCAAAGUGUACAACGUGGAGGAGGGCCUCAGCUCCAUCACCAUCGUUGGGCUUAAGCCAGAGACCGAAUACGAGGUUAUGCUGUCUGCCAUCAACGGCAAGGGUGAAGGAGAAAGCUGUCCCCCUGAGACCUUUAAAACGCUGCCUGUCACCUAUACUUUCACAAUAUCUUCAGUGACUCCAACCACAAAUCCUUCAACCACGGCAAUCCUUAGGGAACCAAAUCCUCCAAAGCUGGAGGCCAAGCUGCAGUCCCCAGGCAAUGAGAUGAAGGUCAACUGGAUCAAGCAGGAUGAUGGGGGCUCACCCAUCAAACAGUACCUAGUGAGCUUUAAACCUAAACACCACAGCAGUUGGAAGCCCGUGAUUCGUGUCCCCAAUGGCAGUGACUUCUUUGUGCUAAGAGGUUUGGACUGGAACACAGAGUAUGAGGUUUCCGUGGUGGCAGAGAACCAGCAGGGCCGCUCUAAGCCAGGCGUCCUCUACUUCAAUACGUCAGCAGAACCCACCGCCAUCCCAGAUCCAGUGGUUAACGGUUCAGGCCUGGGUACCGGAGCCAUCGUGGGCAUUCUAAUUGUGGUCUUCCUUCUGCUGCUGGUCGCCGUGGACGUCACCUGCUUCUUCAUCAACAAAUGCGGACUGCUCAUGUGCAUCGCCGUCAACUUCUGUGGCAAGUCCGGUCCCAAUGCCAAGGGCAAGGACAUCGAAGAGGGCAAGGCAGCUUUCACGAAAGAUGAGUCUAAAGAGCCCAUAGUGGAAGUGAGGACCGAGGAAGAGCACACCCCCAACCACGAGGGAGGAAUUCCCACUGAACCCAAUGAGACCACUCCACUUACCGACCCUGAGCAUGCUGCUGACACCACUGCCACAGUAGUGGACUUGCUCCCCUCUUUAGCUACUAACUCAGGCACUGACAGUCCCGCUAGUGAGAGCACCACCCUCAGCUCCAGCACCACCCCAGCACCUGACCCCAAAUCCACAGGCCCUUCUCAGUCUUGUGCCCCUAAAGCCAGCAUAACCUCUUCCACCUCCCCCCCUGCUGACACCCCACUGGUGGACUUGAGCGAUGGUCCCUCCAUCCAGGCUUCUCAGCCCACAGAAAUCCCCAAAUCCACUCCCACUUCAUCCGAACCCAAAACCGCUACAGAUGCCAUCCAAAAUACAGAUUCAGCUACAGUCUCGCAGGUAGAUGGAGGAGCCCACCACGCAUCAGAUGCUGAUAAGGCCAAUGACUCCAGCUCCACCAGAGCAUCAGAUGUGCCCAUCCAGGACGACGGUAAGAUCGUGGAAGACGGGAAGAGUAAAGCACCCGAGAUGGACGUGAAGAAACCCCCGGCCGAGGUGAAGACGGUCCCCAACGAAGCCCCGCAGACAAACGGCAACGAGAGCAAAGCGUGAUCCAGCGAACCAAGGGCCUCCGAGUGUCACCACCACAUCGAAACAAAUGGUUUAAUUAAAAGAGGGGUUCCUUUCUUCAGCCAGUGUCUUCUAUGAGUUUGCAGAACAAAAGAGUUUGUAGAUGUAUAGACCGCCUAAAGAACCCGUGCACAUGCCUUUGUUUUUUUUUUGUUUUUUUCUUUGAAUGUUAUUUCUCUUUCUGUUUUCCCAUAUUCAGAUACAGCAGGACGUUUCUUUUUUUUUUCUUUUUCUUUUUUUUUUUCAACACACUCUACUUUACCUCCUCAGCACAAUCUCGGCUGUCUUUUACUCAGAAGAGAAGCAUAAUAUCAGUGUGGAUAGUUAAUCCCGGGGAGCAUUAGCUUUACUCCUGAAUAAUGCCUUUUACAUUGUGCAAACACUUUUACCGUCUUUGAGUUAUGUACUGUUUUAUUACAUGCAGUAUUGCCCUAUUUUGUUACUUUACACAUGAAUUUCUGGGAUUCAUUUUUUUUUUUUUUUUUUUUUACUUUUUUGUGUUUAAAUAAUGUAUAAAAGUAACUGGCUCUUAUUUUAUUUUUUCACUGUUUAUUUUUAAGAAGUAGAAGUAGAUUGCUCGCACGCUUGCUUUGUAGAUUUGUCCUUUAAUGCCCCUCAGUUGUUGAUGUCACUAUGACCUUGAGGUGUUUUUUUUUUAAUGUUGAUGAACACAAAGCAAAAAUCUUUCCCAUUAAGACACAAUAAAACAAAUGAAAGCACAGUUGGGCGACUGAGAGAUGUAGUCAGGUCAUUUUAUUGCAAUGGCUAGUUUUAAGGUCCAGCUUUUUUAUUUGUUGUUGUUGUUUUUUUAUUUAAAUUUUUUCUCUAAAUCUUAGUUUUUAACGUUUUGGCAUGAUGAGCAAACAGCUCCUAAAGGCUACAAGGCCACUGUUGCAAUUAUCACAGCUUGGAAACAGUACCUCCAAUGAUCAAAACUACAAAGUCCAAAGUCAAAGUGUAAAAAUUACAUUAUUUUGGUUUAAUAUUUUGUAUGCAUUAUAAUCAAAUGGCCAUAUUAUUAUUCUUUAUUUAAGCCAUAGUACUUAAAAUAUCAAACAGUCAAAAAAAAAUUUUUUUUUUCAAUUCCUUUAGUCUGCAAGUUUGUGCACUGUGAAUGCGUGACAUAUCCUAGUGUGAAUACAGUGUGUUCUUUGUCAUAGACUUGAAAUAUCCAUAGGUUGUGAAAGGUGUAGCUAUUAGUACAGAUAAUGUUCCAUCUCCGUAAAAAUGUCAUUAAAAAAUACUAUGACACAAACCAAUAUACAUUAGAACUUGUCAAGAUUCAAAGGAGAAGGUGCCUUCAAUGUUAAAAGGUGUGUAGUCUGAAUGGUUCGGUUCUGUCCGUACCACUAGAGGGAGUAGCAGAGGUAGUUUGCAAACAGAAUCACAUUCUUAAAAACAUGUUAGGAAACGGUUUUGCUCUGUCAACUGUGAAUAUAAUCGUUUCUUUUUCUCAGUGUGUUUGUGUUGCGUUUUUCCAGAAGUCUGAGAGUGUCCAUGGGUGUGAUCGAUUUAGUAGCUAGCUCAAAACCUUCACGACUUGCCUCUCUUUAACUGAUGCAAAACAAGAUCAUACAUUGCGAUCAGAAAUGUUAGAACACCCUGUCGUCUAGUGCCCCAGGAACAGAAAAACGCUCGUCGAUAAUGCAGACACGUCAUCUUCACAUCGAAUGGCCGAGCUGCCUGUGUCCCUUUCCGUGAUCAGCAUUGCUGUGGUCCAGUCGAGAAAUGUAACCACAUCCAUAAUGACUAUUUUUUAAAAACUGAAACAAGCAUGCAAUGUACACUAAAUUAGAUGUCAUUGGUGUCAAGGUUUGAUAGUAAAUUGUUAAAAGAAGAAAAAUAACAAAAGACUUUCAGUGUUGUUUUAUGGGUCAAAUCGAGUGCUCUGUUCAAAGGUGGUCACUUUUUGUUUGUUUGGUUUGUUUGGUUGGUUGGUUGGUUGUUUUUUGUCAUUCUUUUACAUUAUGUUAAAGUAUGGUGGCAUGUGAGUGCAAAACAUAUUAACAAAGCCAAAAUGCAGCAACAAUACGAAAAACACACCAGCAAGUUUGGAAACAGAUUACCUCGUUGCCUAAUCAAAAUGGAAAUGGAAGACAUUGAGCAAAAAAAUAAUAAUAAUUUGACUCAUAUUUACUUUAAACUUCAAAUCAUCCAACUUGCAGAUUGGUGCAUUCUGUAGCCAAUCAGCAACAAGCAUGUGAAAUUCAAUAAGGACCUAUUCUUUUUUUUUUUUUUUUUAUGUUUUUCUAAAGUUGCUGUUGCAUUUUUGUUUUUAAUGUGUCUUGCACUUAUACGCCAAAUCAAUAGUUUGGCAAAAUAACCAAAAUGUAUACCAUUUUACCAAGAAACUUGUGUACAAAGCCAAGAAUUUGUCUGAAAUCUGCCUGUUUGGGAGUACUGGAGGCAAAAAGCUAAUGUAGCUAACAACUGGGGAAGGUUUCUUGCUGCUAGUUUCUGUAUCUAUUUGAACAGCUUACACAAAAAAAGUGAUUAAAAAAAAAACUGAAAAGGGUGUUGAACUUGUUUCCGUUCAACUGUUACUGGGAAGAUCCUCAGUUCAAACUGAUAUUUCGUUGGUAAGAACUCCGCAAAUGUCAGCAGCUUGUUAAGAGACUACCAAUGAUGUCAUGACAUUGAAGCUCCAGCAAUUUAAUCAUCCAUCAUAUUGAAUGGUAAUUUCCAAGCAAAAUUAUUCAUUUUCCUGGACACCAUUUGGGAAAAAUAAGUAUCUUGCCAAACUAGUGCAAUGGUAAGAACCAUAUUAGAUCAGAGGAACACGGGCAAAGCUAAAGAGUCAUAGAAGCCUUAUUGAAGAAUCCCUCGCUCAAGACAUAAAGCUGCAGCUUUAUGUGUAAUUGUAUGUUCAGCCUGAUUCCUAUGCUAAUAGAGCUUUACAGUAACACUUUAUUUUUUCAUGGAAUCAUAUUUUUCUAUAAAAUUGUUUCAUUACAAAUCCAACUGAUUACUCAACUCACCUGUAUGUCUUUGAGCUGAAUACUGACUAAGCUUCGAUCCAACGUAAGCUACAUUAGCCUUUCACUCCAAUGCAAAACCAAAGAAGCAACUUCAGACACCGAACAUUUCUCUGAUGAUUAAGUACAUUUUGUGCAAGUGGAAAAUUUUGUUUGUGGAAAAAGUUUUGUCCAAACUAUUUCUUUCUUUAUUUUUUUAUUGGUAGCAGUCUGGUACAUGAUAAAACCAGAAAUUGCACCUCAUGAUGUCAUGAUGUGUUUCUCAGAUUGAAGACAUGUUGGAGAUUGAAAUGGGUUUUGACACCAUUCAAUGUGGGACCAAUUUCUAUGUGAGUUUACCUUAAAUGGUUUACCACCGCACUCAUGUCAUUCCAACAUUAUAAAUCAUAAAAAAAUAAAAAUAAAAAAAAAGCCAGAAAAUUUUUCACCAGCCACGUAAACAAGUCCAUAACUGAAGCUGUCUUUUGGCUGAGAGCUGAUGCACAUGCUCUCUUGCUUCAUCGAUUACAGUUUUCCUUACAAAACCCUCUUCAUACACUCAUCCACCCAUCUAUUCUCAGCUGCAGGGGCCUUCUCACUCUUGUAUACAGAUUUUUACCACAUCAUGCACCGGUGCCACCUUCUUCCUCCACUCUCUCUCUCUCUCACUCACACUGGUGUACAUACUUUGAGUACUAACUCAAACCAUUUUGACUUUUCAUUAUGUCUGAAAUUCUUGUGUUUAAUAAAAUGGGAAACAAUAA